GAAAGAAAAAAUAAACACAAACAUCAGCUGUUCCUGACAUUAUCUAAGAAAUUGUCAUCUGGUAAAAAGUCACAUAAUUUUUGUCAACAAAGACCAUCUUUGGGGAAUAUUUUUGCACGUAUGUGAAAAUGGCUAUUCCUUCUUGCAUAAAUCCAGUGCGUUAUUUGACUGAGAGACAGUAUAGUGAUAAUAUUUUCAUAAAAAACAACUUGUUCAGUGCACGAUUUGCCAAUGCAAGAAAUUUGUUCAGAAAGGACUUGGUGUCCCAUUAUGGGUGUGUGAAUGCAGUGGAAUUCUCAGUAGAUGGAGAAUUCAUAGUUUCAGGGGGUGAUGAUAAAAGGGUGCUCAUGUGGACUGUACCCUUAGCUAUUUAUGAUCAGGGAGCUCCUGUGGUGAUGCGUACUACACAUAGAAGUAACAUUUUUUGUCUCACUUUUGAUUCAAACAAUGAGAAAAUAUUUUCUGGGGGCAAUGAUGACCAAGUUCUCAUCCAUGAAGUCCAUACGAUAACUUCAAUAGGGUCUAUUCCACAUGAAAAACCAGUAUAUGGAAUCAGUAUACACCCCCAAAACAACAAUAUUAUAGCUACAGCAGGGGAAGAUGGAAGAAUAUUACUUUUUGAUGUUAGGGAUACAAGUCAGGAUGCCCAAGUUGUAGCUGAACAUAACAGUGGUUUUCACUCAGUAAAGUUCAACCCACUAAAACCUCGUUAUCUAGUUACUGCCAAUUCAGAAGAAGGCAUUCAACUCUGGGACUGUAGAAAACCUAAGAGUCAACUCCUACACUAUGACUCUCAGAGUGGCAAAACUAAUGGUAUCAGUGCCUGUUUUGACUGCACCGGUAAGAAAGUCCUAGCUUUGAGAAGACGUCUGCCUCCUGUCUUGUACAAUGCAGAAUCUGAAAGUUCUGUGUGUCAAUUCUAUCACCCCCAGUACUACAACUCUUGUACCAUGAAAACUUGCUGUUUUGCUGGCGAAAAUGAUGAAUAUAUCUUGAGCGGGUCUGACGAUUUCAAUCUUUAUAUGUGGAAGGUGCCUACGGAUGAUUCUGAAUGGGGAGCCUCUCAUAUGGUGCUGCGAGGACACAGAUCUAUAGUCAAUCAAGUUCGUUACAACAAUCACAACAAAUUGAUCGCAUCUUCAGGAGUGGAAAAGAUGGUCAAACUUUGGAGUACACUGCCCAUAAGUAACUGGAAAGGUUCCAUACUCAAAGAACACACAGAACCAGUGAGAGCCAUCUACACUCACGAAGACUACAUGAGUAUUGUCGUUAGUACAGACCGCAUCAAUCACGAUUAUAGCGAUCAGUCGAUCAACGAAGAUACCAAAAUGAUGGCAUUUUUCGAUUCGUUGAUACAGAGAGAGAUCGAAGGCUGGGAUUCAAAGACUGACGCCACGUUUUCAACUGACACCGAUAGCGAUGAGGAGGAUUCCACAAAGGUUAUUGCGAAAAUUUUUAAGAACGGAGGCUCUACCUAUACCGAACUGAAGAAAUACAGAUCAAACAGAAUAAUGCAGUUGAUAUCAAAGAAGAAGAACACCUUGGCGAGAUUAGCACGAAGCAAAUCGACAAGCUAUGUUCAUAGGUACAAUCAACACAAAGCCCACAAGAGGAAAUCCACCAAAUCCAAAGCCAGGAAGCACAACGGCACACACAAAAAAUCCAAAAAGUCCUCCGCCGAGCGAGACACCGCCAAGCGCCAGAAAAAGGAGCCCAGAACCAGCAAAUACCUCACCAGGCAGAGCGCCAGGAACAUGGCCGAGAGCGCCGAGGCGACCUCCAACGGACGUUCGCUGGAUGCCAUUCCGAAUGGACAUUCGCUGGACACUCCCAGUACCAGUACGGGGAUCACGAGUUCCGAGGUGUCCGUUUUCAGGCUGGUGGAAGAUGAUUCCGAUGACGAGGUCAGGCCUGCUAAUGGUGGUGGAGAGGUUGAGGACAGCGUGGUGGAAGGCAAUUUCGUGAAUAUCCUGCCGACACCGCUGAACGGCACCAGAGACGUGCUCAUCAAUGUCCUGGAAGUAGUUGAUGAGGAUACGAGGAAUUCUAGGAAUCAGACAAUAGAAGAAGAAAUAAUCCAAGAUACAGCCGCCGUAAACAGUCUUUCAAAUACAAACAGCAUUGAUGAUGCUUACAAUACUGAAAGCAGUGAUAGUGACUUUGAAUACUUGCAUACCCCAAAACGUCGAUGCAUCUCAGUUUCUGCUGAUAGUGGUUGCGGAACUGGUCCCAGUUCCAGUUCCAGUUCGUGUUCCACUAAAGACUUGAGGAGCCACCACCAAGUCAGCGGCAGUAGAACUGCGGAUGACUCCGACAAGAAAAACAGGGGUAGAUGGUCCACGAAAACUAGGAAAAGCGUGAGAAGGAAAAUCGGAGCCGAUUCCGACGAGAAUUAGGUUUUAAAUGGAUAUGGGUGUGCGGAAACAAGGGAUGGUUUUGAGCUGGGAGCUGGGGGUCGAUUCAGUUUUGUUAUAUUCGCGAUGUUUUUACUCGGUCUCGCGAACAGAAAAUAGACCAGAUAAUAUUAUUGAUGAUACCAAUCGAGGUAUUUGGAAUGAAAUAUAAACAAAAUUUGAUGCUUGGUAUGGAGAAAUAUGAAGGAAAUGUACUUUAUUUUAAAUUGAUCGUUGGUUAGUGUCCAGCGCCAUUUUUCUGAUGCCUUGUUUUUGACACAUCCAAUAUGUUUGUCCAUCUCGGUUUUUAUAUAGUCUUGUUGCAAU